GGAGACUGCAAAGCAUCCUGCGCAUCACUCGCUUGACCAGAACACGUUAUUGACAAUGUCUCCUCGCUCCAGAGGCGCAAACCGCAUUGCCGAUGCUUUGGGAUUUUCCACCAGCAACAAUCACGUCUGCCGCUCUUGUCGACAAGCUCUUUCUCAACGAAGACAUGCAUCGACUGCCACAGCCAAAGCUACAGUCGAAGCACCUCCCAUUACACAGCUAUCGCCCGACGGCCCUGAAGCCUCUUCUGCUCCUCAACCUAUAUACACUGUAAAAGCCGGCGUCGUCGUAUCCCGGCCACCACUCAUCACAGCCGAUCCUCACCCGUUCGAGACGGCAUACUAUCUCUAUCAAAGACGGCUGAACGAACGAUUGGUCCUGCCGUUUACCCAGUAUUUCUAUUACAAGCGUGGCACGCCGGCCUUUGAACACUGGCGAGCGCACCGUCAGCGGCGAGGUGGUGCUGCGACACGAGAUAUUGGAAAAUACAACGCAUACACUCCGGAGUCGUGGAACGACGAAGCGCUCGUGGGCGAUGACUCCGGCUUGCAAACAAAGAUUGUCCAAGAUCUCAUCGAGGAAGAAGGACGGGCAGAGGAAUUUACCGGCGCUGGAGAUCCGAAAUUUGCAGGAUUAAAAAGGAGAACGGCGGCGGACGACGAGAAUAACCAACAGAGUCUUGAGCGAAGCUUACAACGGACGCUGUAUCUGCUUGUCAAGAACAAGAAAGUCAAAGGUCAGAGUGAGAGUGAGCGAUGGAAGUUCCCUAGCGGCACGAUCGUGGGCUUUGAGGGUUUAAAAGAGGCUGCACAACGCAUCCUUUUCAGCUCCCUGGGUCCCAACAUGAACACCUUCUUCAUUGGGAACCACCCCGUAGGCCACUACGUCUAUAAGUUUGCAUCCCCACAGCCUCGACCAACACCUCCGCCGGCUGCAACGACGCAGAAAUCCAAAGCAUCCGAGCAAGCACCUCUGAAACAACAAUUGGCGCAAGAAGGGGACAUGAUUGAUGGGGAGAAGACUUUCUACAUGAAAGCGCGCAUCAUGGCAGGCCAGGCUGAUCUGUCCGUCGCCAAGCAGAAUGGCGUCGAGAUCGAAGAUUACAAGUGGUUGAGCAAAGACGAGGUCGAGAAACAUGUUCACCCGGAGUAUUGGUCCAAGAUUCGGAAUAUGCUGGUUGCGCAGUGACCGGGCGUCACAUGUCACUUGUGUAUGUCAUGCAAGUGCAAGCAACCGGAUGGGGAGGCAUACCUAGGUACCUUAUCUAAGUAAGUGCUGGCUGAGAUACUAGGCAUGUAGAUGGGAAGAUUCUUGUACAAUACAAUACAAAGGGCUGGACUUGAAAUUGUCAUCGGGGCAACACUUGCAUUAUGCGAUCACCAGAUCUUCGCCCUCGAGAUUUCCGAGUCUUGUUCGGUUGUCCCUGGUUUAUUUUAUGUCGAGAUAAGUAGGGCUGGUGGGUUCUGCGACAAGGGCUUCGAGUCAUCUCCUGUCUGCGGCGCACUGGUACUGGUUUUCGAAGUACAUCGGUCUCACGCCAGGU